AUGGCCAACCGCGGUAGGACGCGAAGCUCGGAGAUCUUUUCUUCCCAGGGCGUACAGGGGUGGGGUGCCAUGGACUUGAUCACCGUCGUCGACAAUGAAAAGCCGUUUGACCGGUACAAGAUCCGUCCUCGAGUCUUGAAGGAUGUGUCCAACCUCGAUACGUCGACCGAGAUAUUCGGCACAAAGUUGGCUCAUCCCGAAGGAGAGGUGGCAACGUCAAGAGCUGCGGCCGAGACUGGCAUCCCCAUGGCCUUGUCAGCCUAUGCCAAUUGCGCACUGGAGGAUGUGAUGGCCGAGGAGAAGGGCAACCCUUACAUCAUGCAGUUUAGCAUCCUCGAGAAUCAAGGCCGGAUACAAGGCAGUCAUGAUGGCGGUGGGUGUACCGAUGCUUGGUCGACGACUCAACGAGUAUCGCAACUCGUUUGGUAUCCCCAAUGGCAUGGAAAUCCCAAUAUUCUCCCAGAUGUCGAUUUUAGCCAUCUGGUGGACCAAGCCGCCGACCUGAGUUAUGAGGACUCGGUUGGUUGGGAGGAGGCAAUUGGCUGGGUCAAGAGUGUUACCAAGCUUGACAUCUGGCUGAAAGGAGCCAUCGAGCACGGCGUGGCUGGAGUGCUCAUCUCGAACCAUGGCGGCCGACAACUCGACGGCGUACCAGCAACUCUCGACGCCCUCCGAGAGUGCGCCCCCGUCGCAAAGGGCAAGAUCAAGAUCGCCGUUGACGGUGGCAUCCAACGCAGCACAGAUAUCUUCAAGGCGAUUGCCCUGUGUGCGGAUUUCUGCUUUGCCGGACGCAUUCCCAUUUGGGGCUUAGCAUAUGAUGGAGCUGAGGGAGUCAAGCUUGCAGUAAACCUCCUCCACGACGAGUUCAAGAUUGCCAUGUCUCUAGCAGGAUACAAGACGAUCAAGGAUAUCAACAAGGGCCAUUUGUCGAUACUUCAGACGGAGACGGGCAUUCUGUCGAAGCUGUAA